GCGCGGAAGUUUAACGUCUUGCAAAUUUCAAACUUUGGCGGCGGGUUAAAAAAAAAUCAGACGAGAAAAUACAAUACAAGAAAAGGAUAUAACUAAAACGUGCAAAGAUGACGAGCACACUGAAAGGUAUUACCCUGAAAGGAAGCGCUGAGCUUGUGGCCGAGUUUUUCUCAUUCGGUAUCAACAGCAUCCUGUACCAGCGAGGGAUCUACCCUCCGGAGACGUUCUCCCGAGUCACCCAGUAUGACAUGAGCCUUCAACUCACCACUGACACAAAGCUGAAAAACUACCUGACCAACGUGGUAUCACAGCUCAAAGAGUGGCUGUUUGACUGCACAGUGCAGAAGCUGGUUCUUGUGAUCACAUGUUUGGAGACCAAUGAGGUGCUGGAGCGGUGGCAGUUUGACAUUGAGUGUGACAAGAGUGCCAAGGAGAUCAGCGCUCCCAGGGAGAAGUCCAUCAAAUCCAUCCAGGAUGAGAUUCGCUCAGUCAUCCGACAGAUCACUGCCACUGUCACCUUCCUACCCCUGCUGGAGUCUUCCUGUGCCUUUGACCUCCUCGUUUACACCGACAAGGACCUGGAGGUGCCCGACAAAUGGGAGGAGUCGGGCCCCCAGAUAAUCGACCAAUCGGAGGAGGUUCGUCUGCGCUCCUUCACCACCUCUAUCCACAAGGUCAACAGCAUGGUGGCCUACAAGAGGGCCGACUCAGCCUAGAACCUAGAACCUUGACCUCUAACCUACUACCCCCUGUACAUAGUUACCUCUCAUUGUCUCCUCUUCCCUGCAGAAUACAAUGGGCACAUUGGAGAUUGACUACAACUGAUCUACAAAUCAUAAUCCGUAGUAAUUUAGGAUUCAAUGUGAUUUUGUAGGUCAGUCUGCAGUGGCUGACCGCAAUCUCAAAUGCGCACAAUGGCUUGAAAAACUAAAUAUUACACUUCCCUUUCCUACCUCUGCCACGCAUGUCUCUCUCCCUCUCUCUCGUUAAAUCUUUCUUUACAUGUCUAGUCCAAAAUAUACCGGUUAGUCUGUCCUGUCUCUUUCUGUGUUUCGCCUUGUUCUUCCUGGCUCACUGCUUUGAUGUCAAUAUUGUCACUGAUCCCUUUUGGUACAAUGCAUUUACUUUCCUUUUGAACUUUACCUUUUCAUCCAGUUCUGAGCCUCACUGUUUUAGAAGCUAGUGGUUUAUGUGUUGUAUUUUUAAGAAAUUUUCCCAAAAUAUAUGAACGUAUCCAUUUGAUCAUC